UGUUGAUAAUGAAUCGUAAAAAACUUUCUGGUGCCCAAAAUCGGGUAUUGGCUUCCAAAAGGGCAAAAGACUGUGAAAAAAAUAAACAAACGCUCCAAGAAUUAGGUUGGUUUUACAAAGCUACUAAUCAAAAUACUGAUUUGAAGUCGGCGGAAUUAAAUAAAUCAGAACAAACAAUGGAAUCAUCGUAUUAUGAUGAUGUUGAUCUACAUUCUCUUGGUUCAGUGGAAAAUGAAACAGACGACAGUUUUAACGAUGAAUUAAAACCCGAAGAAAAUAAAGGCGUUGAAAAUGACCCAGCACUCUGGCCAUCGAUUCUUAAGCAAAGAGAAAAAAAAGAGUUAAUCAAAAAAGGUCCGUCAACUUUACCUGAUGAUUUCCCACGAGAUGCUUCUAAUAAUAGGGUCUUUCCAAAAGAAGUUCUUUUCAUUGCAUUGACUAAUGGAGAAAAAGUUCAACGAGAUUAUCUGAUAUGGAGCCCAUUGUCUAACUCUCUAAUUUGUUUCCCGUGUUCUUUAUUUGGGUGUGAAAAUUCCGGAUCCUAUGGGGAUCGAUCUCUUCUUCUUUGCUGGAAUGGAGGAAUAAAAAAUGACUGGAGAAAAUUGAGUGAUCGUAUCAAAAGUCAUCAUAGCAACCCAGUUCAUCAAAGUCAUUAUCUCAAUUGGAAGACUUUGCACUCAGCUCUUGUCAAUCAGCGCGGGAUCGACUCAGAGUUCCAAAAGGCACUAGAAAAGGAAGUAGCUAGAUGGCGUGAAAUACUUCGUUGUAUUUUAGAUGCAAUUUUAUUUUUAACAUCUCAAAACUUAUCCUUUAGAGGGCAAUAUUCGUCGAUGGAGAAGAACGAGAAAGGGAACUUUUUAAGUUGCCUUGAACAUAUUUCUCGUCACAAUGAAACAUUAAAGAAUUAUCUUAAAACAGUUGUUCGUCAUCAAAAUAAAGGAACCAGAAUGCAAGCUCACUAUCUCUCCUGGCAAUCACAAAACGAAUUCAUCAGUGAAUGCGCUACAUUAGUUCAAGCAGCAGUUGUGAAAGAAGUAAAAGAUGCCGUAUAUUUUACGAUAAUUACCGAUAGGACCCCAGAUGUAUCUCACACCGAACAAAUCACGUUUAUUCUUCGAUUUGUGCGAUUCAACUCGGGUAAGAUGAUUUGGGAAGUUAAAGAACGAUUUCUCUGCGUUGAAGAUAUGGAGAAAAAGAAAGAUGCAGAUAUUGCUUAUUUAAUUCGCAACGUUUUAGCGAAAGUGAAUCUCGAUUUACAAAAAUUGAGAGGCCAAGGAUACGACAAUUGUUCUAAUAUGGCUGGAAUCUAUAAUGGAGCCCAAGCUCAUUUAUUGGAAAAAAAUCCGUUCGCUUUAUACAUUCCUUGCGGUGCUCAUAGUUUAAAUUUAGCUGGAGUUCAUGCUGCUGAGUCUUGCGCUGAGAUCAAAACGUUUUUUGGCAAUAUCCAAGCCCUCUAUUUAAUAUAA